ACGGAAAAAAAUUCAACAAUAUGGCCAAAUGGAUGACUCGGAUGUCUAUCCCCAUUAAUAAAUUCAAAUGGGAAGAUGUCAGUAGAGCUGACAUCAACGCACUCUGGGAUAGACUUGAGGUAUGCCUUACUAAUUUUUUUAAUUUCUAAAUUACUAUACUCUUAUUAAAUUGUAAUUAAUGUAUUAAUGUGUAACUUUUUGCAGACCAAGUUUAUCCUCCCACGAGAUAACCCUACAUUCGUAGACUACGGUGAGUAUGAGAUGUCAAAGGGUUUACGUGACUGGAGGGCAGACUGCAAGAAGAAGUGGAUACAAAACAUUGAGGAGCUUGGACAGGAGAGGGCCGACAUGUCACCUCCUGAGGGAGUAACUCAAGAGGUGUGGAGUGACUGCAUCGCUUAUUGGAGCACAGACAAACAAAAGGCGAGAGCAGCGAAAAAUAAAGAAAGUCGGGGUAAGAUGAAAUUUCUAGGAGGCUGGGGCUCCAAGCCCAUUGUUUCACAUGUUGUCGAAGGGGCUAACCCCGACACAGGAGAACUGCCAACUGCGGUGGAAACUUUUCAAAAGUUUCACCAUAAAGGCAACGAUUGGCGCAACGAGUUCGCGCAACAAGCUUACGAGCAAAUGGUUGAAAUAGCGGCAACUCAACCAGCGCCCACUGCAGAUGAGCCCGAAGAGCCUACUGUCGAUCCUACACAGUACCCCCGAGACUUACCUGUUAUGACGCAAGUACUCAGGGAACGAUCUCGGCAUCUUAGAUGCUUUGGCCAUCUCCCCAGACUGAAGGGAGUUGGGGCCAAAAGAGCACCUGCCACGCAUCCUUCAGCCCAACCGACUGUUACAAUGGAACAGUACGAGGCUUUACAGAAAAAAGUGGAGGAAGCGGAGCAGACAACUCAACAUACGAGGCAGCAGUAUGAGACACAACAACUCUACCUCAGACGAUUCCAAGAUCAGUUUGAGUAUCUUUCUCGAGCUGUACCGGGUUUCAACUUGCCUCCCAUGGAUCUUCCACCAUUGCCCACUCCUGGUGCUGGAUCAUCGGCUGCUGCUGGUGCUGGAUCGUCAUCGCAUCCUCCCGAGACUCAGAGAAACAACGAUGACGACAUUACCCGCCUAUAG